ACAAACAAAAUUAGAGCCACAAAUUCUAGAUUGUCCUUCGUACGAAUCGAUAUAAAUAACGUUGUGCUUGAUAGAGCAUUGACUAGAGAAAAACGAAGCCCACAACCAGAAUGUCAAGUCUCAAGCGUACUUGGGAAUCAUCUGCACCUGUCUUACCCUGCAAUCUUCCUGCAAAGAAGAGAACUGAAACAAAAGAAGUUGAACAAUAUAUAUAUAUAUAUGGAUGCACUCUAGAACAAGUCCAAACAGAAAGAAAUCACAAGACCUUGCUCUCAAAUUUCCCAACCAAAAUGCUUUCCACUAAGAGAAGCAGGGCAUCCUCUUCAAAUUCUUAUCAACUUUUGUCAUCAUCAUCUGCUGAUUUGAUAGCCAGCGAUGAUAACAUCUUGACUCUAAUCCUUCUCUGCCUACCUUUAAAAUGCCUCCUCAAAUUCAAGACCGUAUCCAAACACUGGCUUUGUCAUCCCAAAUACGAUGGUAGAACUAUCUCGGGCCUCUUUGUGCGCCGUCUUUCAGGUCAAACUAAAGCAGAAUAUGACUUUAUAAAUCUUGCUCCCAAACCCUCUCGUGCUCCCUUUCAGCCUCUCACUUUUGUUGACGACCCAUCAGGGAUCAGAAUCCUGCAAUCUUGUAACGGCCUCUUGUUAUGUUGUAGCUUUCCUGCUAAUCGUCCAGAGACAACUUAUUACAUUUACAAUCCUACUACAAAGCAAUACACAGUACUUCCUGGACUAAGUCCAGUACCACGUGGCAGGUCUUCGAGGAAUACUUUUGGUGUCAGUUUAGCUUUCGAUCCUUCAAAGUCACCUCAUUACAAAGUGAUUUGCAUCAGGAAUUGCGAUUCUGAUUUACCGGAUCAUUACCAGAUAGAGAUUUACCCAUCGAGAACCGGGCCCUGGAGGCCUUCCGGUUGUCCUUUCGCAGCACCAAUCAAUGUACAAUAAAAUGGUGUUUUCUGGAACGGUGCAAUUCACUGGCUUAGUGACUGGGGAGAUUCACUCUGCUUUGAUGUCGAGGAAGAGCGAAUCAGAGAUUUGCCAAUGCCCCACGUCAUUGGAGAUGUGCGGCUAUAUAGAUAUUUUGGACAAUCAGGGAGCCAUUUGCAUCUUAUUGAAGUCUCUGGGUCGGACACUUUACAGUUUGAUGUGUAUGAGAUGGAGAGAGACUACUCUGGCUUGUUUGUGAAAUACCAAGUUGAUCUUAAUCCAAUUGCAGCAGCAAUUCCUGAGAUGGCUAGGGACGAUGUUGAUCCGGUAGACUUGCAUUCUUAUGCAUUUUCAAUACUCAGUGCUGUUCAGGAAGAAACUGAUGAGGACUCAUUUUUGGUGCCGCACUUACCCAACAAAGCCAUACGGUACAAUUUCAAGGAUGGUAGUUUCAGUAAGCUUCAUGAUUUUGCUCCUCCUCGUACUAGAGUUGGGGAUGACGGUUCACUGGAAUUUGACUGUUAUGAUGCUUAUCAAUUCACUGAGAGCUUUGCUUGCGUCUGA